CUGUUCAGUCCGACUGAGGAAAUGUUGGACUGGAUCAUCUUCAGGGGCAGGUGGAGAGUCCAGGAUGUUCUGCUGAACUUCCUCCAUCGGGCCUCUUGGUGAUGUCAGAGGUAAAAUCUGAUCGAGUAGACGAACAGACAGAAAAAAGAUUCGAGGAAACAUGAAGAGGAACCAACGGAUGUCUGGGUUGUGAGUCACGCUGUGUCUUUCUGUCUCCUGGUGUUUGUUUGACCAGUAAACUUUGAAUAAAUGAGACUUUCUGGAAGGCAGCAGAAGUUUGUGUUUCUGAUCCAGAGUUUGAUGGGAUCUGAACAUCUGGAGGAUUCAGCCUCAGCUGUACCUGACCGGUGGAGGUCUACAGAGAAACAUCUGAUUAACCAGCAGCAGGAGACUAAAAAUAUCAGGCUGGAUGGAAAAGGGAAGUCUGAGGGUUGAGUCAGCAUCUGUCCGUCAGUCCGUCUGAUUCGUUGUCUGUCCAUAGAUCCAUCAGCAGGAGACACACCAACAUGCUGCUGCUCCACAUCUUCACCUGUGUCUGCCUCCUCUCAGGUGUGUCGGCGGUUACCACGGAGACGGUGGUGGGCGUGGUCGGGCAGACGGUGAUGCUGCCGUGUCGCUCUGAGGCGGCCAAUCAGAGAGGAGUGGAGGUGUGCUGGGGGCGGGGCGAGCCAUCACUGUUCACCUGCCACAACGCUGUGAUUGACAGCAGCGGGGAACGAAUCACGUACAGGAAGUCGUACAGGUUCUCGCUGUCGUCCUCGUCCUCCCUGUCCAUCUCCAGCUCUCAGCCCUCUGAUGCUGGUUUUUACCACUGCAGACUGCAGCUGCCGGGACUCUUCAACGACCAGACGUCCUCCGUCCACCUCAUCAUCAUCGACCCUCGUCCAGUCUUCUCCUCAGAACCAUCCAAGCGCUCAGAUGAUGAGGGGAACCUGAAUGCACCAUGGACGACAACAGAUUACAUCACAGAGGGUACUGAUGUCACAGGAAGCGCCACCACAGAGCCAAUGGUAGCUGUCGUUCAGCCCGUCCACCAGCAGGAACAUAUAAACACUCUGCAGAUGUUUGUUGGAAACACAGUGAGAACUUCCUUCAUCGUCUUCAUCCCCGCUCUGCUGCUGACUGCUGCCUACAAAACAAGAAACGUCAGUGCAGCACUGGAUGAAAGAUGAAGGGUCUGUCAGGAGCCCAGAAACUCACUGACCUUCUACACACACACUGAUUACAAGCAAACAGAUCACAGGUGAGGAUGGUUACCUUUAGCAGCCAUUCAAACCUGUUUGUGUCGACUUGUGUGCCUGUUAUCAGGCCAAACCUCCAGGGUAUGUAAACUUUUGAUCAGGGCCAUUUGGGUACUUUCUAUUGUCAUUAUAAUUUAAAAAGAAUAAACAGAGUUGUUUGAUAAUAAAUAACUAUAGCACAACACUAACCAUGAGUGAAGGAAGGUUUUUGAUCAUUCAUCUUCUCUGAAAAAUGGCCAAGAAAUCAUAAAUUCUGCCAGGAUAUGUAAACUUAGGAGCACAACUGUAUGAUUGGGAUUUCAGGCAAUUCUUUAGGACUGCUCUCACAUAAUUGAAAUGUUACUAAACAAUGUUAUACUGAUCAAAUUAAAUAACUUUGGUCUCCAGUAUAUUGGCUAAUUCACUUCUUUGUACUUCAUUUAUUAGCAUGAUUUCUUUAUAAAUAUGUUGUUGUGUACAUACUUAUUUACUUCUCUGUCUACUUUUUUCUUUACUCCAUGUAGGUUUUCCAGAGACUAUGAGUUGAGGAAGAAGUGGAAGCAGCUCUGAGGAGAGAGGGGUUUGCUGUAAAUAUAUAACAGCCUAAAGAGAGAGAUAAAUAAAUGAUGAUAAUUAUUAUUAAUAAUAAUUCUGUUAUUUAUUGUAAUUGUGUUGUUUACUGUAAAUGUAAAUAAACUCUACCCUGUUCUAGUCUA